AUGUCGAGCAACUACCACUUCCGCAUCGCAACAACAGACGACGCUCCUCGUCUCCAAGAGCUCAUCGAGGCAGCAUUCCGCUUCACAGACGCCAGUAUAGAAUGGAUCGGCUCACCUGAACUCGCGGAGACAUUCACAAUGGACAUAUCCGUCAUCAACGAGAGAAUUGGCUCUCCAGAUAACGUCUUUCUCAUCGCCAGCGACGAACCCAACGGUACAGCGACAGCUUGUGUCAACGUCUACAAGAAAGAGCCCGGAUACGGCCGUAUAGCCCUUUUGGCAGUGGAUCCAACGAUUCAGCGCGGCGGAUUGGGAAGGGUGGUUAUGGACAAGGCGGAGGAGUAUCUUGUGAAGGAGUUUGGGGCGAAGAAGAUGGGUUUGAAUGCGUUGGAGACGAGGAAGGGUCUUAUCGAGUGGUAUGAGAGAAAGGGAUAUGCCAGGACAGGUGAUAUUACCAAGAUUCCGGUUGAGAGGUAUGAGGGCAAGGAGAUUGCGCUUGUUGAGUUUGAGAAGAGUGUUUGA